AUGGUGCAAAGAACUACCGCUGUAAUUGUCGUUCUUUGGUCGCUGAUCGCGUACAUUUCAAUCAACAGCUUGAUCCGAGCCGUGAAUCCCUCGGUUUUUAUCUGGUCUGCGGAAGAUAAGGACGAGGCCCGCUGGAUCGCUUCAUCUCGUUCAUGGUUUGACCGGAAAGCUUGUCGGUGGCUAGGGCUUUGUGGUACCGCGCAUUACCGCGCUGCCCGUCCCCGCUUCGGCCAACACAAGCUUGCGACGGAGCCACCGUCACCAGAGGAGUCUAAUCUUACUUCUUGGAGGGCGUUUUGGUCGAACGGGGACAACCAUUCCAACAGCGCCGAGUAUGACCAAUUUGAAAGGUCUCGUAGAGAAAUUCCAGACUACGUCUUCCGACAUGCACCUCUCGUCCAUCUAUUUUCAGGCGAGCAAUUCUGGCCUGGCGACAUUGCCGAGCAUCUCUAUCACACAACUCCAAUGUUAAACUAUACACCUAUUCGGUCACAACGAGAUCAUCCCACUCUACAGGAUCUCGACCUGCUGAAUCAGUUCCAAGAAGGGCACUACAUCUUUCUAACGAGCAAUGACAAUGUUGAAGAUCGCCCGCCUUGGAUGGAAGGUGAGAAAAACAUACCCGAUCCACCGGAGGAUGGAGGUGUGCUGCAGUCUUGGGCUGAUUGGGACGGUCGAAUUGAUGGUGAUAUCCCGGAUGAUACUCCGAGUGAAAGAGUUAAGUGGUACGAUGCAAGUCAAUCCCCGCAGGACGGAGAAGGCUAUAUAACGCCAGAUAAGCUCGGCUAUCUAGACAUAGAAGAUACACGGGUUCGGGACGAACUUCGCAAAAGAUACGGUGGGGAGCCAAUCCGCAUGGAGCAGGCUGGGGGCCACAGCGACGCGCCGGCUGUACUCAUCGUAAUGGACAAAGGAAACGGCAUCAUUGACGCUUUUUGGUUCUAUUUCUACAGCUUCAACCUGGGAAAUGUAGUUUUGAACGUGCGAUUUGGAAACCAUGUCGGCGACUGGGAACACUGUCUCGUACGAUUCCACUAUGGCAAACCCAAGGCGCUCUUCUUCAGUGCACAUAGCGCAGGUGAAGCAUAUAGCUAUGAAGCCGUCGAAAAGAUUGGAGAUCGACCUGUGAUCUACUCGGCGAUGGGUACCCACGCGAUGUAUGCAACCCCUGGUAUCCAUGACUAUAUCUUACCGUGGGGUCUCCUUCACGAUCAGACGGACCGCGGCCCGCUGUGGGAUCCUCUUUUAAACUCUCACUCAUAUACGUACGAUUAUGACAAUGAUGCUUUUCUUGCGUCUACUUCCAGCCCAGAUUCGCCCACAGGGUGGUUUUACUACAAUGGUCAUUGGGGCGAUAAAUUCUACCCUCUAGGAGACCACCGACAGUAUCGCUUCGCAGGUCAAUAUCAUUAUGUAAACGGACCUCUUGGCCCUCGAUUCAAACAUUUAGAUCGUCACAAGGUCUGUCAAGGGCCCGAUGAGGAACCCUGCGUGAUCAAGGACUACAUUGGGGAACGCAAACGAGCCAAGCGAUGGGUCAGUACCGACUCGAAAAGCCACAAUUAAAGGACUCUCGGGUGACCCUCAUUUUGAAUGCUUGGUACACUCCUUCGUCUUUUUCUUCGGUUGUGCCACGUUGUGUCAUAGGAUAUACCCCAUCUACUUUACUAUAUCUAAUCCUACUGACCCUAGAUUUGGGGGUUGAGGGUAUAAAGCUCACGAAUUAUAAUGGGUGAUGAAUACACUACUGCUACAUAUGACGGAGUUACCGAUGUUUUCUAUUUCUGAGCUUCUUGCACAGAAAGCAAGCUGGUACUAGAUGAACAUAUGAGUCGAUAAAGGAACAAAUAGAUGAGGCCCCUUUCAUUUAUUCGAUCUACACACUAGCUCCCAAGACCAACAUCGUAAGACGGUUCUACUCUCCUACGACCUAUGUAUUUUACACGAUUGUCACUUAGCUGGUGUUUCCUGCUUACCAUACUUGGAGAAGUCAGCAGCAUAGGCAUCAUCACAAGGGCGUCAACCAAGGCAGUUAAACGUACAAGAGUCUAAUAUCGUCUUCUGAGUGCGAUACAAAUCAGAUGUCAGGCAGUGAUAUAUAGAUCGGACAUCCGGUACACUUACGGUCGCUACGAACAGAGAUAUCCGACGAAAUGUAGAGGUAUAUAGAUCUUAUCCAAUGAAUCCUGGACUGGUGAUUAUACAUCCAUUAUCGGACGAAUCGCUGGGAUAUUCAGAGCUAUAUCAAGCAACACUAGAACAAAGAAGAUCGGUAUAGAGAAGGGAUAAUAGUGAAAAA